AUGAUAGAGAAGAGGCAUGGGUCAUCCACGACGGCAGGCCUUGGUCUGUUGCAAACAACUCGCACUGGAGACCCAUGGAGGGGCCAAGCCAAGUACAGCAAGGGCAUCACAGCGACCAUUUCGAUUGUCAUUCUCGUUUUCACAUUCGCGACACUCUGGUCGCGAUGGCAGCAACACUGGCGCUCCAAAUGUGCUGACACUUCAAGAGAUAUGGCGCAGUCCCCCCGCUCCAGCUCGGGCAGGCUCUCCAGGUUCACCGCCGCUGUGAGGAUGCUUGCCUAUCGGAGACUGCCUGCCUACCGCAUAGGUUUCAUCAACUUUCGGCUGCCUGUACUCGGAGCUACUUUGGCCUUAAGCGCAUUCAUGCUUGGUUUUACCCUCUGGACAUUCAUCGUACAGCCGUACUAUCGCGUCGAUCGCAGCUUCGGGAGUCCACCGCUGGCUCUUCGAUCCGGCAUGAUGGCACUGGGACUGAUGCCAUUCAUCUAUGUCCUGGGAUCCAAAGUCAACUUCGUCUCUCUCUUAAUAGGCGUCAGUCACGGGAAGCUUCAAGUGUACCACCAGUGGCUGGCUCGCUUUAUGCUUUUCCUUGCGACGGUGCACGCGAUUCCGUUUAUCCAUCAGCCCUUGGCCGACGAUGGUGUUGCUGGCUUGCGGGAAGCCUUCUUCUCGGAUAGCAUCAACACAACUGGAGUCAUUGCAUAUGCUUGCUUGUUUGUUCUUUCUUUCGCCAGCAUGACAGGGAUCCGAGAAAGGUGCUACGAGCUGUUUUUGCUCGUCCAUGUACCUGUGGCCAUCAUCUUUCUGGGUUACAUGUUCGUUCACUGCCAAGCUCUGCUGACCUCGUGGAGAUAUCUGUGGGCGACAGCGGCCAUGUACAUGCUUUCCGUCUUCCUCCGCUUCGCCUCGCAACUGCGCCAAAACAAUUUGCUCGCCUUGGGGAAAUGCCGUAUCGAAGCGCUGCCAAGCAAUCUUACAAGGAUGACAAUCGAGUCAGCCAUACGAUGGAAGCCCGGACAUCAUGUUUUCGUACGCUUUCCGAGUCUCUCUCCACUAUCGGCCCAUCCAUUCACCAUUGUUUCGAUGCCGUCCCCCGAUAGUCAUCAGCUCAUGUCGACGGUCGUGCUGAUGGCCAGGGCCCGAAAUGGUCUCACCAAGCGUCUCUACGAGCGAGCCGCCAACACGCAACUCGUGCACCAAGGCAUGAACGAGAGAGAGUUGACGCUGUCAGCAAUUCUGGACGGACCUUAUGGACAAGAUGCCAGUAUUGCAAGUUUUCAACAUGUUCUCCUUCUCGCAGGAGGCAGCGGCAUCACCUUUGUGCUCGCUGCGUUGUUGGAGCUGUCUUGGCUAUGGCAGCAGAAAAAAGCAGCUACACAGAGUGUUCACCUGAUUUGGUCGAUACGAGACGCAGAGUCAAUCGAUUGGGUUCGCGAGCACCUUCUCGCUAUUUACGCGCUGGCUCCUAGUGGUGCAUUGCGAAUCUCGAUCCAUGUCAGUGGGAAAAACGUGGUUGUUGGGGAUCUUGGACUGCCGACAUCAUGGCAAGUACAAUAUGGAUCUCAUCCUGAUGCAGCAUCAGAAGUCAGAGAGAUGGCUCGGGAGGCCUCUAGUUCGAGUCAAGAGGAGACAGACAUCGAAAAGACACCUUCUAGUCAAUCGGAUGCGGCUGUCGAGCAAGUCAAUCGAUCUCGAUCAGCAGUGAUUGUAGUAUGCGGCCCCUCUGGCAUGGUGAUGGAUGCCUCCAACGCCGUAGCGGGAAUUCAGGCGGAUAUCGUCCGCAAGAAACUCUCCGAUCUCGACGUCUCUCUCAUCGCCGAGAGCUUUGGCUUCUGA